CAAAAUAAUUGUUUUUAUUAAUAAAUAAAUAAAUAAAUUGCAAGUGUUCUCAACAUUUCCUUCCGAGGCAAAGACAAAGUUUCACUCACCAGUCUCAUCCCCCUAGAGAACCCACUGCCGACGCUCCGGUUAUCUCUCCGACGACCCACCGGUUCACAACUCACCGGCGCCGGCGGCGCGUAACUUCCCUUCGAUCGCUGACCUCGUCGCCGUCAUCCUCCUCCUUCACCGCAUCUGAAAUGCGACAGCCUUCUUCAAGUCUCUCCUUUUUACAGAUCUGCACAGCGACGCGGGUCCGAACAUCGUGUAGCUCUUGAUCUCGCGAAAUUCGCGUUCUUUUUCGAUCGCUCAUGGCUAUGAGGAAUCGGACGAUUCUCUAUAAGAAGUACAGAGAUGCGUUGAAGAGCGUGCGCGCGCCGGCGGGAUCGUCUCCCUUGUCCUCGUCCGCGUCUUCGCCGUCGACCUCCGGUGGUCCGGUCAUCGAGUUGGUCAGCACUUCGCUCCUUCACCCGAACCGGGCUUAUGCUCCGCUCAGCACGGAUGAUCCGGGUAGUUCGAGUAGUAGAGGUGCACUUACAGUGGGUCUACCUCCUGCUUGGGUGGAUGUAUCUGAAGAAAUAGCGGAAAAUGUGCAACGUGCACGGGCAAAGAUGGCUGAGUUAGUCAAAGCCCAUGCCAAGGCUUUAAUGCCCUCAUUUGGAGAUGGAAAAGAAGACCAGCACAUGAUUGAGGCUCUUACUCAUGAAAUAACUGAUCUUUUGAAAAGAUCAGAGAAGAGAUUACAGAAGCUUUCUGCGGCAGGGCCAUCUGAGGAUUCUAACAUCAGGAAAAAUGUGCAGCGCUCUCUUGCUACGGAUCUUCAGAAUCUUUCAGUGGAACUUCGCAAGAAACAGUCAACUUAUUUGAAGCGUCUCCAACAGCAAAAAGAGGGUCAAGAUGGGGUUGACUUGGAGAUGAACUUAAAUGGAAGCAGGUACAAAAGGGAGGAUGAUGUCUUUGAUGACAUGGGGUUUAAUGCGCAUCAAAUGGCCAAGCUAAAGAAAAGCGAAGCAUUUACAGCAGAAAGGGAGAGAGAAAUUCAACAGGUUGUGGAAUCAGUAAGUGAACUCGCCCAAAUAAUGAAGGAUCUGUCGGUGCUUGUAAUAGACCAGGGCACUAUUGUUGAUAGAAUAGACUACAACAUUCAGAAUGUUGCGGCAUCAGUGGACGAUGGCUUUAAACAGUUGCAGAAGGCAGAGAGAACACAGAAGCAUGGAGGAAUGGUGAGGUGCACUACUGUGCUUGUCAUCAUGUGUUUUGUCAUGUUGGUCCUUCUAAUCCUCAAGGAAAUAUUCUUGUGAUCUGGAGAAGUUUUUCAUUUUGGAUCUUGCACACAAUUUUAUUGUUGUGAUUACCCCAAAAUCUUUUACACGCUCAAACAUGCUGGAGUGCCAUGCAUAGGCUGUAGCAUAAGAGUGUGGGAUCUCUCCAGCAUACCCUAGAAUACAUUUGACUACAUUUUUAUUUUUAUUUUCAAUUUUUUUUUUAAAUUCUGUUUUGGGGGCUAGGGUUUGAGUGCAAAGCAUUGUUCAAUGUGUGGGGAUGACUGCCCUGGGAAGGUGUAUACUUCUAUUGUAUUUGGUGCUAGGUUGUUCGAUCCACCAUUGAUUCUUUUGGCUUCCUGGGGAGUUUUUGUAGGUCAGUUCCCCUAAUACUUGCCUUUGUGAUGUGAUGAGAAAUUUCUAUAACUGUUUGUAUUUGAUUCUUUCUGCAAUAAAAAUGAAUGCAUCCCAUUGUUUGUUAUUCCAA